UAAAUACAUAAAUGAGUUUACACCGCAAAAGGUGGAGUGUUAGCAUUCCCAAUUAUAAUUUAUUCAAAAGAGCUUCAGAACACUAUUCUGUCAGUUCUCGCUGUUCCAGAAGUCAUUCGGUUAUUCAUCCUCCCUUUCAUGCGAGAUCGCCAAGCUCAAACAUCAAUCGACUCAAAGGAGAUAUCGUGCUCAUCAACAAAGAAACUUUGACCACGAUAUCUAGUAUUUCUCACAAUGGCGAAUCUUCACACAGAAAUAUCACUGAGGAGACUCCUCGAGAUCAGCCAAAGCCGGAUGCUGAUCAGCACAUGCUUCCUGAACUUGAGAUGCCUUUUGUUAGCAGCUCUCCGCAAGUUCUCAGACCCAGAGACAGCAACACUGAAAUGUGACAUCACUCUUACAAGUCCAUCAGAAGCUUUCGCAGAGACCCCAGCGGAGUAUCAUGAACAGAGACACCAAAGCCCUGGUUGGAGUCUAAAUGAGAAAUAUAGAAAACAUGUUCAGAUGCUCAAAGACAAGCUCAGAGACAGAGAUUAUGAAAUCAAAGCUCUUAUAGACAAACUUGCAGAGUUUGAACUUCAGAACAAUGAAAUGACUGUGAAAUGUCAGAGGGUAGUCACAGAGAACCAAAGAAUUGUAAACAAUAUGAAGUCUCUUCGUUCGAUAUUGGAUGAGUCUGUCGAAACCAGCCAGCUAGAUGGUACAAAUAUCAGUGAAGAGCAAGUUUCGAACACAUUACCAAGAAAGUCAAAGUUGUUAUCCAAAAGUUCACCUUUGAUGGUAAGUAUGAAAUCUGCUGGAAGCAAACAGAGCCUAGCAUCUUCGUUCUCAAGCAAUUCCAGCAGAGUGAUUUGGAGAAACUCGUACUUGUUUUAACUCCGUGUUAUCACUCAGUCAAAUAGAGAAAAGUUAAAUGGCCACAGAAAUUAGUCCACUCCACG